AUGCUGUCAGUAACUCGCUGCACGAUUUUUCUCAUAUUCUUGAAAUUUGCAAUUGCGUGCAAUGAUCAAAAUGAAUCGGCAGUAUUCGUGGUGCCGAAUGGCAGAAAACUGCCAAGUUCUUCUGUGGCUUGUUUCAAUGUAUGUGCGCAAGGAAACUGUACAGGAAUUUUACUGAAUGGUGACAAAUGUAUAAUAAUUGAUACAUCCAAUUAUUUUGGGAAACUAAAUCGAGACGAUUAUGUAACGAUGACAUGUAUGAAAAAAUUGCCUAGAAAGAUUGUGGCAUUUGAAUGGAAUGAUAGGAUUCUCGUUGGUCAGACCCAGCGAAUUUUGCAGACUCAAGACAAAGUGCAAUGUAUUGCUUCUUGUGCGAAUGAAAAAGACUUUCCAUGUUUAUCGGUGAUGUAUUAUACGACGACGCAGGAUUGCCUCUUGAAUUCGGCGUCUUCCGCUUCAGCGUCCUUGAAAAUGGAUACCGACGGGGUUAGUGUCUCUUACAUGGAACUCAAUGGAUUGAAAGAUCACGAGAAUUGUUUGGAUGCUUACCGCAUGAUUGGCUACGAUGAAAUCGAAAUCAGAGGAGAGGCAAGAAUAUUUGAUGGAUCGUCGGGAUUUGAGAAAUGCAUUGCUAGAUGUGAUACUUGCGAUUUCGUUAUUUUCAAUGAAAUCUAUUCGGAGUGCUUUUUGGUUGAAUAUGAUCCAGCUGGACAAAUUUUGGAUUACAUAAAUGAUGAAUACCAGGUGCUUACAAAUGCAUGCUCGAAUUAUCGUAAAAAUUGCAAUGCGCAAAACUCGUUAUACAUUACUUAUUCGAGGACUAAUGAAAUAAUGAAAGCGAAAUGUCUCGAAAAAUGCACAAUGAAUGAAAGUUGUCGAUUCGCAUAUUCUUCGCAAAAUGGUUCCGAUUGCAUAUUGUCACGUAGGAAAAUGGCUCUUCCUUUGGUUACUCAACGAAUUUGCACAAAUAUUGAUGAUCUACCCGAUGGUUCAGCGAUAUUGUUCGACGAAGUUGGAGGAUGUCCAACAACUUUGGAAGGCGAUCAAAUAUCUCCGAAGGUGGAGCUUUACGAAUGUAUGGAACUGUGUGCUACUCACCCAACACGAAGUUGUGAGUCCAUAUCAUAUCGAAAAAAUACAAAAGAAUGUUUUUUACAUAAUGGAGAAGUCCACACAGUAUCGCAAAACAAAACUUGCUCAACAUUUUCUUUAAAUGUUAUCGCUUUUGAAAUGACUGGAAAAGCACCUCCAUCACCAUUCGAAACAACCAAAAAACCAGGAUAUUCGAAGCCGAAAUUUACGCAGAAGGCAAAAACAUUCUCAGCUACUUCAUCAGGAAUCAAGAAAAUUGACGAGAAAAAGUUGUCAAUAGAAAAAGCUUUUAAGAAUCAAUCGAAAGCCUUGGCAGACGUCAAAAUUAAUACGCAAUGCAAUAUUGGUGAUAUUACGUUGAAAAUUAAAACAUCGAAUUUACAAAAUGGGGAAAUUUAUGUUCGAAAUGCCCAUGAAAAUUGCUCAGCGAACAUUGAUGGAAAUGGAGAAGCGACACUUCGUGUCAGGCAUAAUAAUUCAGCCUGUCCGAUUAGCCAAAAUGGGAAUCAAAUGGAAAUGAUUGUUGUUGUGACACAAAAUGUUGGAGAGGCAACAGUUAUCACGAUCGAUGAUCAAUUAUUCAAAGUGCGAUGCAAUUAUUCAAAUCAGAAGAAAUCUUUGGUUGUAUCGAGCACUAUGAACUUGAGAACUACAACGUAUUCGAAUUUGGGAUUGACAGGGCGAGUGAAAGUGAAACCGAUGAGUAUGGAGCUUAGAUCUAAAAGAGACAUUGUAAAGGCAAAAUUGGUUCAAAUUGGCCAGAGCCUCGACCUUGUAUUCAAAUCAGAGAGCCCAUCGAAAGAUUACUUUGUGAAGAAUUGUGUAGCCAUCGACAAAGAAGGGCAAGAAUCCAUUCAGCUGAUUAAAAACGGAUGCGCUAGUAUCAAUGCUAAGGAAUAUGUACUACGUGGUGAGGUACUUUAUACUAAAACCGGAUUCUCAUUGCCAUUCCGAGCAUUCCGAUUCAAACAAAGCGAGUCGGUUAGAAUUGAAUGCGAGAUAAAAUUAUGCCGGAAAUGCAAAAAGCCCAAUUGCAAUUUAAGAAAUCGACGAAAUAUCAAUGAAAUGGAAUAUGACAGUGGAACUUCAACUGAAAAUGUUGAAAAAGUGCUCGCCGAAUUAUUGGUUAAAGGUUCAAUAGAAUCAAGUUAG